AUGUGUUUGGAACGCUACGCGCGAAAAGAUGUCCUCGAUCCUCCCAAAAUGAUCCAUACUGCGAACAAACCCUACGAAUGCAAAUACUGUGAUUUCCGCUCCCGUUACCGAGGCAGUCGCAAUAAGCAUGAAGAAACUCAGCACUUCACUCUUCAGUCAGCUGCUGAUAGAGACUCUGAGGUACUUGGCUCCCUUGAUCUCCGCCCUCAGCGACUGGCAUACGCUAAUUCAAACAGUCCUCGGAAAAAGUCCAGCUCAAUCCCGAAUGAUGUCGCCCUACGGAAAACACUCAACAACUCUAAUCCGAUAGACGCCUCUGCGUGCAAUCCUGGAAGUGCGAUCGCUCAAUACGACCUCUCAAUAUACCAGGAGGAGUAUCAGAGGAGCGGUCAAAGAACGACCUUCAGUAACACCUAUGGAAUUCGCGAGCAGCCGAGUUCCGCUUGUACACGCGUUUCUGCACAGGACCAGCACCACCUUCCAAGUAUUCAUAAAAAGGGACUCAUGGAGUGCAGAAUGCGUGAGGCUGCAUACCCACGCGACCACAACAUAAAUCCCCUGCAGGGGUUUGCCGUUGAAGCUGGCGCGUAUUGGUAA